AUGAGGCCCCCGACCUUCUCUGGGACGACAGAUCCCAUAGUAGCCGAACAAUGGUUGAAACGCAUGCUAAAGUUGAUGGAACCUUUGGGGUGUAUAGAUGCUCCAAAGGUGACUCUUGCCACCUUCGCACUAGAGGGGGAAGCAGAUGAAUGGUGGGAUUCUACUCGAAGGAUCGUUGGGGCAGAAUAUCUAUGGACUUGGGAGAGGUUCCAGACCAAGUUCAACGAGAAAUAUUUCCCAGAGUCGUUUCAUGACGAGAAGGUGUCACAGUUUUUCAAACUCGAGCAGGGGAAUAUGAUGGUCGCACAAUAUGAGGCCUACUUUGCCGAAAUCUCUCGGUACGUGCCGACUAUCGUCAAUGAAGAGAGGGUUAGACUGAGGAAAUUCAGAGAUGGUCUGCGGCUGAAAAUAAGGUCGAAAUUGUGCUACUUCGACUUUUCCAGAUAUGCACAAGUGGUGGACAAGGCCACUAGAGUAGAGAAGGAUAUAGACCAGAUGAUGAAAGCUCAAACUCCAUUCAGGGAUUCGAGUAGCCGAAUUAGGCCCGCGCCUCUGCCUCCUAGCCUCACUAUGGUUGAUAAGCGAGCCAAGACUUCUUCGUAUCCGGGUAUGCCGUGCAAUUAUUGUGGGAAGUCGGGGCAUACCGCCAUGUUUUGCUUCAGGAGGGCACGAGAUGAGGGCGAUAAGCCUAGGCCACUAGCGAUUUAG